AGUAAGUUUAUCAAAAUAUAAAUGACAGAGGAUAUUGUUAAUUUGUUUGUAUAAAAAUAUGGAUCAACAGAUGCCCAAAAGAAUUAGCUAUUACAGCAAUCUAUUCAGAAGGUUUUGCUUAAAGAGGGGGCUAAUUCUUCGGUUGUAACAAAAUUAAGAUCGAAACUUGGUUAAUCUCAAUCGCAAUAACAAUUUUUCCCAACUUUGGGAAAUGGAGAAUCAGCAUUACCUUCUAAGACUCCUGCAGAUUCGCAAAGGAAAACAAUUGAACCAUUUACUAAACGUGUUCAACCAUUCUAAAGGACUUUCUUAAAAUCAUACGAUUAAGUGUCUGAAACUUCUGAAAAACCUCCCAAAUCAGUAUACUAUGUAGAUAGACAGGAUGUAAUAUUCUUACAUAAUUAAAGGAAGAUGAAUGGGCUGCUUUAAUGAAAUUUGAUGCGUAACUGUACUAAAAGGAAUAGGAAAGAAAGAAAGAAUUGCUUUUAUAAAAGAAAGCCUAAAUGAAGAAGGAGUUGGAUAUGUAGUUGAAAAUAAAAGAAGAUAGAAAGAAAAGGGAGAAGGAUUUAGAAGUAAAAUAUGACAGAUUUCAAAGUGAAUUAUUACAGAAGAAAAAUGAGUAAGAAUAAGAAAAAUAGGCAUCUGUGAAAAAUAAAUUAUUGUAAUUGUAAUCAGAAAGAGAUGUUUAAUUAAAUAACAAGAAAAAGAAAAUGCAUAGCGAGGAUAGAGAAUUGCGUAAUUACAAGUAGGAAAUAAGCAGAAGAUAUCAAGAGGAAUUAUAAAAGCAGAUUGAUGAGGAAAAUAGAAUAAAAUUAAAGAAAAGAGAAUAUAUGUUUAAGGUAAUGAAAUAAUCGGAAGCUGAUAAAAUGGUUAUUUAGUAGAAAUAAAAAGAAUAAGAGAAAUUAGAAUAAGCAAAUUGUGAGAAGUAAUCAUAUUAAUAUAUUGAUAAAUAGAUAUGGAGAAUUGCUUGAUUAGAUUGAAUAAAGAAGAGUCGAAGAAAAUAGAAAAAAGAAGGAAAAGGUAGAUAAAAAUAAUGCUUGGAGUGAAUCAUAGUUGCUAAGAUAUAAAUUGGAAAAAGAGGAUGAUGAUAAAUUAUAAUAUUGGAAGACAAUAGAAGAACAGAAGUUUUUGGAAGAAGAGUAGAAGAAGAAAAAUAGAGUAAAUGAAUUAAAGUAAAAGACAAUUUAAUCCUUGGAAUAAUCGAUAAAACUUAAAUAAAUAAAGAAAUUAUAAGAAAAGGAGUUAGAUGAUCUUCAAGGAAAAAUAUGGAAGGAAGACACAGAAAGAUUCUUUUAAGAAGAAUAGAAUAAAUAAGAUUAAAUUAAAAAAGUAAAAGUAGAACAUAAAAAAAUAUUAUAAUAAUAAAUGCAAGACAAAAUCAAACCUGAAAGGGGAGAAAAAAUGAGCAUUCCAGAACUCCUACAAAACAAAGCAAUUUUGAAAACAAUAAAAGAGCAAGAAGUUUAUGAUUUAGAAAAGACCGUUGUUUGA